AUGGGACUACCCUUCGGCAUGGACUUUAGCGCCGCGGUUACCUCCUGUCUGGCUGGCCCNAUCGCUCGCAGCGAAACCAGUGACCAGAACAGCUGUUCAGAACUUGGUGGUGACCCGGCCCUCGGCAAGGACCCCAUCUUCUACCAGUCGCUGCUGCCGAAGCCAGGCAGCACCGACAGCACCUGGGAGACGCUGAUGGAGGUGCAGAAGGCCUCGGAGACGGUCAAGNCCGCCACUACCACGACCACCACAACUUCUGCCACUUCAAAUGUGGCUCGAAGCGAAACCAGUGACCAGAACAGCUGCUCUGAACUUGGUGGCGGCGGCGACCCGGCCCUCGGCAAGGACCCCAUCUUCUACCAGUCGCUGCUGCCGAAGCCGGGCAGCACCGACAGCACCUGGGAGACGCUGAUGGAGGUGCAGAAGGCCUCGGAGACGGUCAAGCUGCAGGCGCUCGUCGACAACAUCGAGCACAAGCUGAAGGACCCCAACCAGUGCUUCUUCUGCAAGCGGGUUCUGAGCUGCAAGAGCGCCCUGCAGAUGCACUACCGGACGCACACCGGCGAGCGACCGUUCAAGUGCAAAAUUUGCGGCCGCGCCUUCACCACCAAGGGCAACCUGAAGACGCACAUGGGCGUGCACCGGGUGAAGCCGCCGCUGCGGAUGAUGCACCAGUGCCCCAUCUGCCACAAGCAGUUCACCAAUGCCCUGGUAAGUGAUGGGGAAUGCUAG